CGCGUUAUCGUUAAACGGUCACACCCUUAUCAAAAACGCCGAUUUGCAAGCCGCCAUAAUAACAAACGAAGAAAAACGCUGAUUCGACGGUCAGGGGGCACAUAGGUCACGAGAGGCUUUUAGUUCUGUAUUCGGAUUAAAGAGUUUCGUUUUGUGAUAAAAGAGGAGAGAGGAAGCCAAAUGGGUAUAUUGUACUCAGAGCCCACAUGUCAGGCAGCAUAUGAGGAUGAUUUUCACAAAGUGCGAGAACUGAUUUUGACUGAUGGCAGAAAUGUAAACGUUCAAGAUGAGACCACAGGAGACACACCGAUUAUAGCUGCCUGUAGACAAGGAAACCUCAGGAUCAUCAAGUACCUUCUGGAUCACAAUGCUAACGUCUCCAUUAGAAAUAAGAAAGACAGGACUUGUUUGCACUAUGCUACAAGAAGAACAUUCACCUUCUUGGACUACCUGAUGAUUAUUAUUUUGAUGCCUAUUCUGUUAAUUGGCUAUCUUAUAAUGGAAGAGAAGCAAAGAAAAAAUGUGAAGAUGGUUGAGCUUCUGUUGACCAGUAAGGUGGAUGUAAAUGCAGUAGACUAUAAAGGAAACAUAGGGCUGCACUAUGCUUGCCAAAGAAAAAGUCGGAGAAUUGUUCCAUUGUUGUUGUUGAAAAAUGCAGAUGUUUCAAUACAGAACAAAAAUCAUGAAACACCACUAGAUAUUGCUAAGAGGCUGAAAUUCCACAAAAUCGUGGAAAUGUUAACAAAAUCAACGUGAAAGUAUACAAGGACAUUAAAGGACGAAAGUGCGUUAUGUGCACCUACAGUUGGAUCCUUUUCUAAUUUGUUGGCUUUGCACCAGUUUUCACAAGAAACUUUUGAUACAAACAUUCUAUUACACUUCCUGUUAUAAUAAUACAUUUCUCAUAUGAAAGAUGUUGCCAUACUGAUUUCUGUUUAAACAAGUGAAUAUAAUCAACUGAGUUUUGUUAAAAGCAAUGAAUAAAUGUUUAUUAUGUGUACAA